CCGAACCGUCCGACUCGUUUGGAGCUGGCCUAAUCAUCUCGUUUUCCCCCCUGGGACUACCUUCGAUCUUUUUUAUCAUCUUCAGCCUCCUAGGCAUAUCCCUGAUCCCCUUUGCAUCGCCAGUACUACCUUCUGCCCGGAGUAGUAGCCCUCUCUCGUUUCAAUAUAGACCUAUCCUAUUCUUCCUCCUCCCCCCCCUCCCCCCCGGCCGCCAAAAGACAAAGUACAAUCAUGUUGACCUCCUCGUCAACCGACUCCUCUCGCUCCUCCUACUCCGGCAGCCCCGUCUCCCAACAUCCUCCUCACCACAAUGUCUGGUUUCCUCCUGCUCCCCGUCGCCGUGCUGCCCACUACAAGAUUCCCCGUUACUACUCGACGCCCGUGAAGGAGGACCUGCCGGAUUCGACCCCUCUCCAGAUGUACGGCCUGGAACAGCGCGAGCCCUCAAUCGCCGAGCGACCCAAGCUCCUGCGUCGCUUCUCCCACGCUCUCGACGACAUCAAGGAAGACUUCGCCCUACAACCCAGCAGUGAGAAGAUCCGGAGCAAGCGCCGUCAGUCCAUCUUCGGGAUCGACGAGAUUCCGGGAUCAAGCGCCUCACUCUACUCGCCUGGCAUGGACAUCCCCGUGUCGGCGGAACCGCAGCCCCCGAGGUCGCGGCCGGUCUCUAUAUUCUCCAGCGAAGCCUGGGCGCCUCCCACCAAAAAGCUCAGCCGUCGCAUGUCCAUCUUCAGUUCCAGGCGGCAGAAGAAGUUCAGCCCGGGGCAGGCCGGCAGCAUAUCCCAGCCGAAUUUGAUCGGGGCGUCCACCCAAAUCUAAUACCAUCUACCCUCAAUAUUGCAUCAUCGCCAUCUACCACCCUAAUGGAUCGAUCAUCACGGGACCCUAAUCCAGAUAGAAAGAAGCCUACCGCUGUUUGUUUGUCUGACUCAAUUCGCGCGUUCUUCCUCACCUGCGAAAUUCUCAUCCAGCCCUCAUCAUCAUUAUCAUCAUCAUCACCACCACCACCACCACUAAACCGACCAAUCCCUACCCAAGCACCCCACGAACCCUCAAUGCAUCAUCGGAGUUCAGCAAGGCAAGGCGAGAGAAUCAUUCGAUCCUUCAUCC